AAACCCAAAAUCAAAAUCCAUUUCAUUUCAUUAAGAAAGAAAACAAAUCACAACUUGUCUGAGAAAAAAAGAGAAAUUUUUAAUUGGUGGAGAAAAUCAUUAAAAAAAAGCAUAAUAAAAUAUUUGGAGGAUAACCAGAUUCAGAGCGACACAGACUGUUUGUUGCCAUUUGCCAACAACAGCCCAUGUUCUGGCGGUUUCUUUCUUUGCCUUUGCAGAUAGAUAACUUUACACACUACAAUCAAUAAUCGUCAUCACACCCUGCAAGCAACGCAACCCCGUCGUCCCCUUUCCUUCCCUUCUUCUUUCUUCCAUCUUCUCCUUCACUCUUUUUUGGAAUCUUGCGUCUUUCUGAUUUCUCCCCCAUAAAGUUCCGAACUUUAUCUACUUCCCCCCCCCCCCCCUCUGCAGCUUGUCACGGGGCUCUCAGAUCUGCGAGCACUUUGAUGGGAAUCAACACAGUGAUUGAUUGAUCCCAGGAAAUAGUUGCUGUUUCCUUUUCUUUGGCUUCCCGGAUGGGAACUUGUGAAGGUAACCUGACAAUCUCUCCCUAAUAAUCUUCCAGCAACUUGAAUGCCUUGUUCACUGUUCUGUGUUGGAGCAAAAAGAAAUUUUGUGGUCUCGCUAUACAGUUCAUCUCUGGGAGAGGGUUUGCCUUGUUGGUGUUCGACGAAAAGCCUGAAUGGGGAAGAUCCAGGGAAACAAGCUCUUGUUGGGUCUUGUGUUUAUUGGGUUGGUGAUUUUGGUGCUGGCGGGCAGUGGGGAAGGUCAAGAUCCAGGUUUUCUCAUAAAUUGCGGCACAAGUUCUACGAUUCACGUCGAUGGCAGGAAUUGGACAGGGGACUUGGCUCCUAGCAACAGUAAUCUCACUCUUAGCUCUCCUGGGUUCUCUGCCACGACCUCGGAACCCAUCGGCAAUUCCAUAUUUAGCCAGCUCUAUAAAACUGCCCGGAUUUUCACCACCGACUUGAACUAUACCUUUCGCGGUGUUCAGGGCGCUUCUUACUUCCUCAGGCUCCAUUUCCAUCCCGCCCAGUUCCAGAACUACAACGCUAGCGAAUCCUUGUUCAGUGUUGCGGCCAAUGGCCUUCGACUUCUGUCCGAAAUCAGUGUCGCCGGGGACAUUUCCCACAGGAAUUCCAUAUUGCUGAAGUCAAGCAGCAACUCGAGUUUUCCCAUUUCCUUGGUGAAGGAGUACAUUCUGACUGGCAACGGUACUGAGCUUGUGGUUGAGUUCAUUCCCGCGAAAGGAUCAUUUGGGUUCGUGAAUGCGAUAGAGAUUGUUGAAGUGGAGUCCACGAUUUUCCCUGAAACAUUGAGCAAAGUUGGGGGAGGUGAUGUUAGCCUUGGCCCAAGCCGAAGAGGGAUCGAAACUAUGCACAGGCUGAACGUUGGUGGUCACCAGAUUAACCCGGAUCAAGAUUCGGGUCUGGGGAGACUGUGGGAAGAUGAUUCCAGCUACAUGGUCACUGCAAAUGCCGGCUUCGAAAUCCACAAUAGCUCCAACGUCACCUACGCUUCUUCUGGUGGUAAUAAUAACAACAAUGUCACCACCACCUCGGUGGUGGCUCCUCUUCUUGUCUAUGAAUCAGCAAGAGCCAUGUCCAACACGCAGGUGUUGGAGAAGAGGUUCAACAUGUCGUGGAGGCUCGAAGUCGAUCCAGGUUUCGACUACAUGGUUCGGCUCCACUUCUGUGAGCUCGAAUCCGAUCGAGCUAACCAGAGGAUUUUCAGGAUCUAUAUAAACAACAAGACGGCUGCUGACAAUUUCGAUGUGUACGCAAGAGCUGGAGGGAAGAACAAGGCUUACCAUGAGGAUUUUUUCGACGUGCUGUCUUCUGGUAUCAACACGAUUUGGGUUCAAUUGGGCCCUGAUGCUGCUGGGGGGGCUCCAUCGACUGAUGCUCUGUUGAGCGGGCUCGAGGUUUUCAAGCUGAGUCGAAACGGGAAUCUGGCCUACGUCAAUAAACUCGAUUCUCCAGGGAAAUCCAGAAGGAGCGGAGUUUCCAGGACUCUGUUGGUUGGAAUUGGAGCAGUUAUAGGCUGUAUUGCCAUCAUGGCAACUUUAGGCGGCAUCUUCUGCUGCUACUCGAUAUGCAUGAAGUUGAAAAGAGAAGAACCUGGUAAGAAGAAUCCUAGUACAGGCUGGCGUCCGCUAUUCAAUGUUCAUGGUACAGUAGCGAGUAGCAUUGCUAAUGGCAAGGGUGGUGGUGGGACCCAGAACCCCGGCGGUAGUGCUGGUUCAGUUAGAGUCGGCAGGUGGUUCACAUUGGCUGAAAUCCGAGCAGCAACAAACAACUUCGACGAUGGUUUGGUUAUUGGAGUUGGCGGUUUUGGGAAGGUGUACAAAGGCGAAACUGAAGACGGUUUAGUCAUGGCAAUCAAGCGGGCGAACCCACAGUCGCAGCAAGGGUUGGCUGAAUUCGAGACGGAGAUAGAAAUGCUGUCCAAGCUGCGGCACAGGCAUCUGGUGUCCAUGAUCGGAUUCUGCGAAGAAAACCAUGAGAUGAUAUUGGUAUACGAGUACAUGUCAAACGGGACGCUUAGAAGCCAUUUGUUUGGAAGUGAUGGUAAUCCAUUUAUGACGUGGAAACAGCGCUUGGAGGUGUGCAUUGGUGCAGCUAGAGGGCUCCAUUACCUCCACACAGGGGCCGACAGGGGGGUAAUCCAUCGUGAUGUGAAGACGACGAACAUAUUGCUGGAUGAGAAUUUUGUGGCAAAGGUGGCAGACUUCGGGUUGUCGAGAACCGGUCCGGGUUGGGAUCAUACCCAUGUCAGCACUGCUGUGAAGGGAAGCUUUGGGUAUCUGGAUCCCGAGUACUUCAGGAGACAGCAGCUGACUGAGAAAUCCGAUGUUUACUCUUUUGGUGUGGUGUUGUUCGAGGUUGUCUGUGCUCGAGCAGUGAUCAACCCGAGCUUGCCGAAAGACGAGAUCAAUCUUGCUGAGUGGGCAAUGAGGUGGCAGCGACAGAGGUCGCUGGAAACUAUUAUUGACCGGCGUCUCGAGGGAAGUUAUUCCCCUGAAUCGAUGGAGAAGUACGGGGAGAUAGCGGAGAAGUGUCUGGCUGACGAAGGAAAGAAUCGACCAACAAUGGGGGAAGUUUUGUGGCACCUGGAGUAUGUAUUGCAGCUUCAUGAAGCUUGGCUGCAGCUGCAACAGGCAAACCCAACUGAGGUGUCUAUUUCUGGUGGCCACCAGAGUAUAGAAGCCAGCCAAGAACAUCAAGAACAACAAACGUCGACUCCCCAGUCCCACAUUGACGAAGAUCAAGUGUGACAGUGCUGCAACUUGUACGUGUUAUUCAAAUUCUUUUAUUUCACUCCAGUUUCUAAGCACAGAAAUUGUAAUCUUUCUAGCAACUGUAUCAUAGAGAGGGGAGAGCAGGAUAUUAAUGUCUGAUGAGAUAGCAGAAGCAUAUAAUUGUAUUGUAUUUUAUUUCUUCUGCUAAGGUAGCUCUUGGCUACAUUGAAGUCGGAUUCUUCUUUAUAUAUACACUGUCGGUCUCAUUUUCCAGAGUAACACAAUAACAUAAUAUAACCAAAGCCAGAAA